AUGGCGGCAGUUAUGCUGAUCGAGGUGACGGAGACAACGCAUCGCGUCGUCUUCUGCUCCUUUGCCUCCUCGUGCACAUCCGCGGGGCUGACACUGUUCCAAUUCCUCUUACUGGCGGUAGGUGGACACUGGAGGCUGGCUCAAGCGAUACUUAUGGUGGCGACAAGCAUCCUCCUGUUCGCUUCCUACGCCAUUGAAGAGUCUCCUUGUUGGCUGCUGGCCUUGGGCGACAUCCAAGGUACCGAGCGCGCAGUGCUCUCGGCUGCAAAGGUAAACCGCUACCCCGUAGACGACGUGAAGGCCAAGAUGAAUCACAUCAAGUACGUGAUGUUGCGGAGGGGCAACACGCAAACGAACGUUCAACAAGCGAGCCCCUUAGACCUUGUCCUGAACAGUUCUCUGCGUUUCCGAUCCGUCACCCUUUUUUCGAGUGCAUUCAUGACGCUCCUUCACCUCUACGACACCAAUCUUAACAAAACCUUGAUAGAAAACCGGACAGUGCACAUAACCCUAAUAGUUGCGCGGCUACUUGGUUCGAUAGCUUUCUUGUAUAUCGUGCACUACCUGAGCCGGCGCAAGAUGAUUUGCGUCGCCAUGUUACACAUGUCGGUCGUGCUAGGCUUACAGACUUGA